AUGCCCUCUCGGACCACGAGACUCUCCGACAAGGCCGCACUCCCCUUUAAAACUUCGAACAAACAGCGAAGACAGGAUCUCCACGUCAAACAGAAACGUGCGCGAGAUGCAUUGAAACGAGCCGAAAGGUUCAGUCGCAAAAAGGAGGAGGCGAAGAACCCGAGACUGCGGGAAGAACGGUUACGGCGCAAUGUCCCUGUUACGCUGGACAAGAAACGGGUCUACGAUGAAAUUGCGGAUGAGCCUGAAGACGGUGGCCUGGGCAUGGUCUACGACGUAGAAAGGCUAAAGAGAAGGAAGUUGGCCGAGGAACAGGAAUUGCAGCAGGAUGGCUAUGCUGGGGAGGACGUCGCGGAGCUUGAAGAGGACGAUGACGAUCAUGACUCUAUGCUUGAGGAAAGCAGCGAUGACGAGAGCGACAGCGACGAAAAUGAUCUCGAGCCUGCAGAUUUGGACGAAGAUACUCAAGACCCUCUGCCCUCGAAAUAUCAACUCAACUCCUCAACGUCCUGUCUAAAAGAUCGCGCAACUUCACCAACCCGUUCAACAACCUCAACCAACCUCUCCCUUGCGCCCGCCGCCCUCGCCGCAAAAUUCCCGACUCUCUUUUUGUCCCCAGACUCGCCCCCUCCUCCUCCGCCUAAAAUUUUGAUCACCACAUCGAUAAACUCGACCUUACACAAUGAAGCUACCAUCCUCACGACCUUAUUUCCCAACUCAAAAUAUAUCCGCCGCUCUUCCCAUCGGUAUGGGUACAAAUUCUCCGUGCGCGAGAUCUCAGCCUUUGCAGCCAAGCACGGAUACACGUCCGUCAUUGUCCUCGAAGAGAAUCAAAAGAAGCCCUCUGGAAUGACCGUUGUGCAUCUACCCGUGGGGCCAACAUUCCACUUCACCAUCUCAAAUUGGUAUUCGGGCAAGCAGAUUCCUGGCCACGGUCGUCCUACAGACCACGUUCCUGAACUGAUUUUGAACAACUUUACGACUCCGCUCGGCCUGGUGACUGCUCACCUCUUCCGCUCUCUUUUUCCCGCUACUCCAGAGCUACAGGGCCGGCAGGUUCUGACGCUGCACAACCAGCGUGACUACAUCUUCCUGCGGCGACACCGGUACAUCUUCCGCGCGAAGCGGGAAACAGAAAGAUCCGUAGUUGGCGCCGAUGGAAAAGAGAUGAGAGGCACAGAAGGUAUCCGAGCUGGAUUGCAGGAACUAGGGCCGCGAAUGACCCUCAAAUUGAGGAGGGUAGAUAAGGGGAUCCAGAGAGCAAGUGGCCAGGAUUGGGAAUGGAAGGCCAAGAUGGAGAAGAAGAGGACGAAGUUCCAGCUGUGA